AUGAGCUUCACGAAAAGAAAAAACUUAAUAAGCUUUGGAAUGAUCGACGGCAAGGUAAGCCCACUGGAUAAGGAUACAAUGAAGCAUAUUCUAGAAAGAUAUCCGUCCAUACUGGCCAGUGUCUACAGAAGGACUAACCAAAAGAGCAAAGCCAUCCAAGCUCUUCAGUGUAAAAUACUUGGGCAUGAAAAGGCCAUUUACAGCCAUGAGAUACUAUACAACUACAUCUACUUUGAGGACUAUGAUGGGGCGCUUGAAAGAGCCAAGUACUUAGGUUUCAGGGAUGAAGCAAUAGAACGGGUUUUACUGCAAAUAUUCAUCCAUAAGAAAACACAGGUGGAAAAUGUUUGCUGUGGAACAGACACUUAUGACGAGAUAAAUGAUCGUAUAUUCGAAUACCUGUCCACAUACUUCUCCAUCGAUGUCCUAGGCUACUUUAUCAAGGCUCUCAAGGACUUUUGCAACAACAAUAAAGAAUGUAAGGACAAGUCGUGUGGGGACCAGAAAAUUUCUCUGUUCAGGGCGCGGUGCACCAAAAGCUAUCUAGGAAAACUUGGGACAGAAUCCUUAAAGUAUAUAUACCACGAAUUGGGUGUAGCUGAGGCAUUAAGGCUUAUAGUUCAUAGAAAUCCAAAGAUUAAUGAAUGCUACUUCAGAGAAUUUGUAGAAAAAUGCUUUCCAAACAAUAAGGAAAUCAAAUCAAUUCUAAAAAGAAUCUACAUCCCAUGCUUGUUUGAACUGUUAGAGAAAAGGAACUCCUUAACCAAAGACAUCAAGAAGGUCAAAGAGUAUUAUAAUAAGGGCAGUGCAAGUGAAGAGGUGAAGCUUGAGUCUCGGUACUGCAAGAAGGCAAACAUGGAAGAAGAGAGCACAUACCUGAAGGUAUGUGACACAUCCAAUAAAAAGAGAUAG